CCUUUCUUCCGCGCCUUCUCAUUGGCGGGUCUGCCGCCAGCCACAGGCUGCGGAGAAGCCAACUCUAGGACCCAGUGCGCUGCCCUUUCCCCAGGCUCACCCUGCGCGCUGUGGCCCCUCUAAAGAGCGGGGCUCGGCUGUCUUAUCCCUGCAAGUCUCGCCAGCAAGGGUCUUAUUUGCCCUCUCUGCACCCAGGACCGAGAUGUGCAGCUGUCUAAGGCUCUGUCCUACACCCUCCGUCACGGAGCCUUGAAGCUGGGGCUUCCCAUGGGAGCUGGUAAGUGAGCAUCUCGGUGGCCUGGGAAGGAGUGGCUGGCACCCAGUAAACAGUGUGAACCUGUCUGUGCCCCCUGCACUGUGGAUCCCACCGGUACACCAUGAAGAAGGCACAGCAGGUACAUCUGCUCCAUGUAGAGUGAAGACGGCCCAUGUCAUGUCUACUGGGAGAGGAACUUGUCUGGGCCAGGCCUGAUGUCCAGCCAAGUGGCUCUUCUGGUGAUUUCCUGCCAGUCCCAUGGCCUAGUAAACACCACAGGGUGGGCACUAAGGGAGUCUCGCAGCAGGUGAUGUUUACUGGGCCAAUGUAAGUACUUUUAUCUGUGUGAACCUCCCUGAGGGAGCUUCUCUUCCUGUGUAAGUUAAAUAGGCCCAGAAAGGAGAGAGUUCGUAGGGGUCACACAGGUGAAGCCCAUGUGACCUCCAGGCCUGCCUUUGUCUUGGCCACAGCUCCCUGUGAACUAUGGCAUGGCCACAGCAAGGUCAUCUCCUAAGCACCUGUCUGCCCGCAGAUGGCUUCGUGCCCCUGCACAGCCUCCUACGGCUGCCCCAGUUUCACAGCUUCUCUGCUGAAGAUGUACAGCGUGUGGUGGACACCAAUGAGAAGCAGCGGUUCACCCUGAAGCCAGGAGAUCCCAGCGCUGGCCCCCUCAUCCGGGCUAAUCAAGGCCACUCCCUGCAGGUGCCUGAUUUGGAGCUGGUGCCUCUCGAGACGCCACAGGCCCUGCCCCGGAUGCUAGUCCACGGUACAUUCUGGAAGCACUGGCCAUUCAUCUUGCUCAAGGGCCUGUCAUGCCAGGGGAGGACACACAUUCACUUGGCUCCAGGACUGCCUGGGGACCCUGGUGUCAUCAGUGGUAUGCGCCCGAAUUGUGAAGUCGCUGUGUUCAUCAAUGGACCCCUGGCCCUGGCAGAUGGAAUCCCCUUCUUCCGCUCUGCCAAUGGGGUGAUCCUGACUCCAGGGGAUGCUGAUGGGUUCCUGCUUCCCAAGUACUUCAAGGAGGCCCUGCAGCUGUCCCCUGCCCGAAAACCUCUCUCCUUGGCUGGUGAUAAAGAGACAGAGUGUCCAAGUGGCCCCAAGCAUAGUCCCAGAGGAAGAACGAUCAAGCAAUAAAAUACUUAUUUAAAAAAAAUUUA